GCUAUUGCGCUCUUUCGUAGCUAGCGAUUGGUUUGUGAUUCGUUUGCUCGUCUUAUUUCUUAAAUAUUUAUUAUAAAAGUGUUUUAGAACAUUUAAUUUCGAAGUUUACGGUUUGCUACAGCUCUAGAGUUGCUUGUAAUUAUGGCCGACGAAGAUCAGCGCCUUCGUGAUAUUCAGCGGGAGUAUCUGGAUUUUUUGGAUGACGAGGAGGAUCAAGGAACCUAUACGAAUCAUGUUCGCAAAAUGAUAACGGACGAUAGCAAACGGCUUGUUGUUAAUGUGAACGAUCUUCGUCGGAAGAAUCCGGCCAGAGCGUCGGCACUGCUGAGCAGUGCAUUUGACGAGCAACUGGCAUUCUCCCGUGCCCUCAAAGAGUAUGUGUCGACAGUGGAUUCGAUCUAUGCGAAAACACACGAGGAUUUCUUCGUGGCUUUCGAAGGAAGUUUUGGAAACAAACAUGUUACACCCCGGUCACUCACCUCGCGUUAUCUGGGCAAUCUGGUUUGCGUGGAGGGAAUCGUGACCAAGGUGUCGCUUAUUCGACCGAAAGUGGUCAAAAGUGUACACUAUUGCGUUGCUACCAAGAAAGUAAUGGAACGUCGGUACACAGAUUUGACUUCUUUCGAUGCAGUUCCAUCCAGUGCAGUAUACCCCACCAAUGACGAUGAAGGGAAUCCUCUGGAGACCGAGUAUGGACUCUCUGUAUACAAGGAUCACCAAACCUUGAGCAUUCAGGAAAUGCCAGAGAAAGCACCGGCGGGACAGUUGCCAAGAUCGGUAGAUGUCAUUUGUGACGAUGAUUUGGUUGAUCGCUGUAAGCCUGGAGAUCGUGUACAGAUUGUUGGAAAUUAUCGCUGUUUGCCCGGAAAGCAGGGUGGCUAUACAACAGGAACUUUUCGCACAAUUGUAAUAGCGAAUAAUGUUUCACAGUUAAAUAAGGAGAGCACGUUGAGUGUUACGAGAGAGGAGAUUAAUUUGUGCAAGAAGUUAGCUAAAAAUAACGAUAUCUUCGAAUUACUUUCUAAGAGCUUGGCUCCUUCCAUCCACGGUCAUGAAUAUGUAAAGAAAGCAAUACUUUGUCUUCUUUUGGGUGGAAUUGAGAAAAAUUUGGCAAACGGAACAAGACUUCGAGGUGAUGUAAAUGUUCUGCUUAUUGGUGAUCCCAGCGUGGCCAAGUCUCAGCUGUUGCGUUAUGUUCUGAACACGGCUCCACGUGCGAUCACUACAACCGGACGAGGUUCCAGUGGCGUUGGUUUGACGGCUGCUGUUACUACUGAUCAGGAAACUGGCGAACGUCGAUUGGAAGCCGGUGCGAUGGUCCUAGCCGAUCGCGGUGUUGUUUGUAUCGACGAGUUUGAUAAGAUGAGCGACAUUGACCGGACGGCCAUUCACGAGGUCAUGGAACAGGGCAGAGUAACCAUUUCGAAAGCAGGAAUUCAUGCGGCACUUAAUGCCAGGUGUUCGGUGCUUGCCGCGGCCAAUCCGGUGUACGGAAGGUAUGAUCAGUACAAAACUCCGAUGGAAAAUAUUGGGCUGCAGGAUUCAUUGCUUUCUCGUUUUGAUCUGCUGUUCGUGAUGUUAGAUGUGAUUGACAGCGAUCAUGAUCGGAUGAUUUCGGAUCACGUAGUGCGAAUGCAUCGAUACCGUAAUCCCAAGGAACAGGAUGGAGAUGUGCUUCCGAUGGGCAUCAGUGCAGUCGACAUGCUAUCCACCAUUAACCCUGAAUCGCGUGACGAUAAAGAAACGCCUAUGUAUGAGAAGUAUGAUCCACUGUUGCACGGAAGUACCCGGAAGCGAACAGAUCAAAUCCUUUCAAUGGAAUUUAUGCGCAAGUACGUUCAUAUUGCUAAAUGCUUAAAGCCAAAACUGACCGAAGCCGCUUGUGAACUGAUUUCAAACGAGUAUUCACGACUUCGCUCCCAAGAUUUGAUGGACUCGGACGUAGCUCGCACGCAACCGGUGACUGCUCGUACCCUGGAAACGCUGAUCCGUCUUUCUACAGCUCACGCCAAGGCUCGCAUGGCUCGCACUGUAACCGAAAAGGAUGCCCAAGCAGCAAUCGAACUAAUUCAGUUUGCCUACUUUAAAAAAGUGUUGGAAAAGGAAAAGAAGAAGCGCAAAAGAACCGAGGACGAAUCGGAUGAAGACGAAGAGCAGCUCGAAGAGGACGAUGAGACCGGUACUCAAGGUUCUCGUGCAAAUCGUCGUGCGAAGCGAACCAGAACCGAAGAUCACGAUGACUCCGAUACGGAGGAGCUGGUCACAAUCUCACCGGAUGCAGGUGAUCUCACGAAACGGUCUACAAUUUCGGCAGCUGUGCCUGGUUCGAGUGGAACUGCUACUACGGUUCCGAUGGAGACUGAACCGAUUGUAGAAGCGAUAUCCGACGAACGGUUUAAGAUCUUCAAACAGGGUGUGCACCAAGCGUUCCGACAGGCUCGCGAACAAUCGCUUGCAAUUGCACGGCUGACGAAGAAUAUUGAUGAAAAUAGCGGAACAGAGGCGUUCACUCAGGGUGAAGUGAGGGCAGCUAUUUCAAGGAUGACGGACGAUAAUCAGAUAAUGAUGCACGAUGACAUCGUCUUCCUAAUUUAGGGCUGAAUCUUGCAUCGUAGCUCAUUAGGUUUUCAUUGCAUUUGUGUUUGAUUAUUUUUAUUUGUAAGCUUUUAAUUUUCUACAAUAUAUUUCGUGUUUUAUUGCGGCA